AUGCCAUGCAGCGAGUGCACCAUCCGAGACUUGGCGUGCGUCUUUGAGGAUUCGCCCUACUUUCGCCCUCCUCCUCCUCCCCCACCUCGUCCUCCUCCUCGGGCAGCCUCUGACUCCAUGCCUGUGUCUGCCGUCACUCCAGUGGCCCUCAACGCGCUCAAGUCAGACCGAUCACUGGAAAAAACGCCCAGGAACAGCGUACAAGACGAAGGUUCUUCAGACCGGCUAGGCACGAACACGGCUCCAGGCUUUGUCAGCUCGCUUGCUCGCAACCUAGAACAUCAACCAUUGGCUGCCCCCUCGCUGACUCGUGCAUUGGGAUGGUGCUGUGCAGUGCGCCCUCACUCCGACAGACCGCUGCUUCUGACGCAGGGAGCCUCGCUUCACGAUCUCGUCGAUGAAAGGGAGGCUUUCCGGCUCGCCGAGGUAUACAUCAAUGCCGUUCCUUCCGUUUUCCCAAUCUUUGCGAGCGCACAAACAGUCUAUGGACUCGUCAGAGACGCUCGAGGUAGCUCGUUUUCCACAGUGCCGGCCUCCAAGAAGGCGGCAGCAGCCCUCGUGUGCGCCUUGGGAUCCGUCUUUUCGGCAAGGGCUUGUGCAAACGAGAUGGCGCUCUGCGAACUGGCCGGUGCCCUGCUCUUUCAUGAGUCGAUGAACUUUGGUCCUACGACUGACAGCAUCGUAGCUUGGGCACUGAUGUGCAUCUACAAGCGAGCGACGGCGUCCCCGCACGCCGCUUCCUCAGCUAAUACCAUGGCAAUGAGUGUCGUCGAGACUGUGUUCAUGCACGACCAGCAAGAGCGCCAUGGACCAUGGCAUCACCUAGGGAGAUCAGAAGAGGAGAAAAGGACGCAAGCCGUGAGCAAGAUUAUUUGGUUUCACAACCGAAUGAUGGGCUCGGAAACAGGCAAGACGACAUUUACAGUCCGCCAGGCCGCCCUCGACGAGUAUCUGCAGGCCGACACGGGCGUCGACAAGCUCGACCAGCUGAUCCGUCUCUCGUACGCCGCUUCCGUCUCCCCGACCGACACAACGCGCGAGCUCGAGGAGCGCAUCUUGACCCUGGGACAGCUGCCUGAGAAUCAGAGCUCGAUCAUCGACGAUGCUUUCCACAUCUUGUCAGAGGCCGACGUAGCCUUUAUAUGCUAUCGAUCCAUCCGCGCACGACGUGCGGCGCAGACUCCCGAGACGACGCAGCAGCUCAUCCAUCUGGGGCUGCGGGCCUCACGCGCCGCUCAGCGCCUGGUGGAAGAACAUCGACGAUGGUGGCAGGUACUGUCGGUACCCUUCCAGCUUCUUUGCAUCCUUCUUGCCCUCGACACACCCGCCAGCCUGUCGUAUGUGCGAGAGAGUCUCGACAUUUUGGGGGCCAUCGCCCAACAGCUUGCAAAUGACUCUGCGUGGGAAGCUCAUUCGACCGCCCACCACCUCGUUCGACUAUGUCAAGAAGCAAAGAAGCGUGAUCAAGACGCACUGGCUGCCGCCCUGCGCUCCACUGUUCACGGGUCAUCGGGCCAAGUCGAUCACGACUGGGACAGCAACAUCUUCCUACGCGCCGACGAUGCUACUGACUGGGACAAAUUCUUUGAUCUCUGGCUCCCUCCGGCCCAAUGA